AUGGAGAGCUUAGGUCCAAUAGCAUUUAUUGCGGAAGGUGCUAGCGAGGAGUUGAAACAGUUGGAAUCCUCAUCCAAGCAUUGGAUAUGCAAAGGAAAAAGAAGUAUAUCGGUGGCUGUUAAAUUAAUUCGAGACGGUAAAGUCGUGGCACUUAGAACAGACACAGUAUAUGGUCUAGCUUGUUCUGCACUGAACAACGAUGCAAUCAAAAGACUGUAUGAAAUUAAAGGAAGAGAUGAGGGGAAACCAUUAUGCAUCUCCGUCAGUAGUGUUAAGUAUAUUAAAAAUUGGGGUGUUGUUGAUCAUUUAAAUCCAGAUUUACUAACAUCGUUAUUGCCUGGACCAUUCACAUUUGUCCUGAAACGACAACCAGAUUUAAAUCCUAAUCUAAAUCCAGUUGGACCAUUGGCGUUAACAAGUGCGAACGUUAGCAACCAACCUAGUUGUUUAGAGGCAAACGAAUUCAAAGAUCUAUGGCCUCAGUUAGAUGGAAUAUUUUAUGAUAUAGAGGAACAUGUGUACAGCGAAUUCUCGGAUGAGAAUCUCAAUUUAUUACAAAUAAAGCCACAAUGUGGCAAUGUAGUAACAAAUAUUAAGCAAUAA